GCCUAUCCCGCCAUCUACGAGGAGUGCGAGAACUCGAAGAAGUGCUCCGCAGCGAAGCACCACUUCGACGACUGCCAGACGCGCGUCACGGAGGGCAAGGGCUUCAAGGAUGAGAACUGCGUCGAGGAGUUCUUCCACCUCGCCCACUGCGCCUCGGAGUGCGCCGCACCGCGCCUGUUCAGCAAGCUCGUCUGAGCGCACACGCACGUGCAGGAGUACAGAGAGUUGAGUGGUCGGGCAGCGCAGAUUGGCACAGCCUGGCGGAGCUCG